AGAGAAUGCCUGAUGUCUUCUCCGAGCAUUUUAAGUACAAAACGUGUCAAAAGUGCUAGUGUGCAUGGUGCUUUCAAGAGCCCCUUUCGUUCUCCUGUAGUCACCAAACUUGAAGCUCUUGUUAAAGAAAGUUGUGUGAAUGAACAACUAAGUUUCUCUCAAGACCAUAAUGAUAGCAUUGGUUCAUCUGUUGUAGCUGAUGCAGCAUCAGGGACUGUUUGCCCAGUCUUAAAUACACCAACAAAUUAUUCUAAUUUGUUGAAAAGAAAAUUGACUGACAAAUCACCUGCUGUCAAACUUAAAUCAUUUAAGACACCUUUCAAAAGUCCCCUUGCAAACAAAGAAUGCACUUUGGAAGAUGAAAGAGCAUCAACAGUGUCAACGCCUAAAAGAAUUUGUCUUGUAAGAAAAAGAAAUAUUAGUUCUUCAUCAGCUAGUAAAUCUCAAAGCUCUACUUCUGAGAACUUAUCCAUUGAAGAGUUGAUGCAGAAAGAAAAAGAACUAGAUGAUGAGAUUGCAAAACUACAGAAUGAAGGGUGCGAUGUUCAGGAGCUUCAAAUGUACAUAGACAGACUGCAUAAAUAUAAUGACCUGAAAGACACUGCACAAAUGGUCAUGGGACAACUUGCUCAAAUUGAAGGUGUCUCUCUUAAAGUCAUGCACAAACGAUAUGGUGUUGCUGAUCUUGACUAAGUAGCAUAUCAUCUCAAGUCACAGUGAUUCUCUCUCAUGAAACUUCUUAAUCUGGAUUGUUUUGUCUAUUAAAUUGAGUGAUACAUCACAAAAAAAGAACAUGGUAUCUGUGUACCAAAAUAUCAUCAGGAGUUUCCCCAGAGGUUACUCUAUGGCCUUUGCUUAUGGAUCGGGGGUGAUGCCACAAGUUGGUCAUGCUAUAACAAGGUCUAGCAUGAUUGACUUCAUUUUUGUGGUGGAAGAUCCUCUUGUCUGGCAUAGAGAAAACAUGCACCUCAACCCCAGGCAUUACUCAAGUCUGCGUCUACUUGGGCCGGCAACAAUUGAGACUGUCCAGUGUAACUGGGGGGCCAAGAUAUACUACAAUACUCUGGUGCCAACUCAUGAAGGACUGAUUAAGUAUGGUGUGAUAUCAGAGCGGGACCUGAUCUGUGAUCUGCUUGAUUGGGAAACACUUUAUGUGGCUGGGCGAUUGCACAAGCCUGUCAAUAUUCUACAUAAGGACAGCAAAGAUCCGGAGCUUGAGCGAGCGCUACAACUGAACCUAAGCUAUGCAGUGCGGACUGCCUUGCUGCUUCUGCCUGAUACUUUCAGUGAAGAGGAACUCUAUCACACCAUAGCACAUCUCUCAUACUCUGGUGACUUCAGGAUGCACGUGGGGGAGGACAAGCACAAGGUUAGGAACAUCGUGGAGGCUCAGCUGCUGGAAUUCAGGAAGCUGUACGCGCCUGUGCUGGACAGCCUCCAGGACUACGUUCUGCUGGACGCCACCGCCCCUGGUACCGCAAUACAGGACACCUCGCCGCACGCCAAGUAUAGGCACCUCUCCCUGCUGCCACUGCAGCUCCAGUUAGCGUUGGUGCGUGACUGCAACAAAGACGGUCGUAACAGAGACGUGGAGGAGGUUUUGCUGGUGGCCGCCCAGGAUCCUGAUACUCAGGACAUGGUCAUAAAAGGUGUUCGCAGCAUCGUAUCGCGCUCGAGCCUGACGCAGGCGCUGAAAGGAGUCGUCACAGCAGGCCUGUGGAAGUCCCUCAAGUAUUCCACUGCCAAAGUCAAGAAGAUGAUCAGCAGUUGGCAUAGAUGACCUCACGAGAAACGCGUCCAGUUUUAGGCAAUAAUUGAAUUAUCGUUCUAGAGAGUGGAGGCAUUUGCACGUCAAGCAAAAAUAUUGCUAUUAACAACCUUAUCAUCCUGACAGGUGAAUACUCACCGGCGAAGAAUAUGUAUUGCUGAUAAAGAAAUUGCAAUCCUGUAGUUGUUAGGUAAUGCCGGGUUUAUAAUAGUUUGGUAGCUAAAUGAACCAAUCGCGGUAAAAUCUACAGUUAUUCAUAUAAUGUAAUGCUUCUACUUUGUUACAUUACUCGUGUAAAUUUCAUGUAUGACGAUAAGCAGGAUGUUACUUCAUAGCUUUGCUCCGAGUUAUCCGAUGUAGCUUAUAAAAUCGUUAGUAGCUAUUAAAAUUCUUGUUAUUGUAUAACGUGAUAAGGGCGCCGAUUUGAAUAAACCAAGAUGUCAAGAGUCGUAAAAGAAAUACGCGUGCAUUUUAGCGGUACAAAAUGAGGCAGGGACUCAUUUUUUCAGAACAUUAACAAGAAAAAGAUUCUCAAAACAAUAAAUGAUAUGCGUAUUGCUGCGUCUCACUUUUGAUACUUUUUGAUACUAUGUUGGUCGUUUCCUCCCUUCUGACAUCUGUUUGUAUUUCACCGUUUGCUCUAAUCUUCUAGUCGCUUUUUCACGUGAUAACUCAAGUUUGAAGAUAGAUUCUUCUGCCUUUAGCGAGCAUUUAGUUCUAAAUAGACGGAAAAAUAAAUGCCUUUAUCGUGAA